AUGGGCAAAGAGACACCCAUGGCGCUUACACGCGCCGAGUCUGUCAUGAUAGCUUCCUACGUCGUGGACCUCGAGGUCAAGGAGCGUGUCCUCAUGGUCACCAAGUGGGCGGCGCGCCAAGUGGUGCUCACGGGCCAAACCCUCGAGGUCAUGGACGGCGAGAAGCUCAAGUUUGCGUGCAACACGACCUACUGCACGACGCGGCUGCUCGAGCCGCUUGAUGCGAGUCGCCUCUUCCCGUUCCAGCUGCUCGAGCACGGCAAGGUCAAGUUGACGCUCAACGCGCCCACAUCGUCGGCCCGCGAAGACUUUUUGUCGCACUUGGAAAAGUCGGUCGUCUCAGACACGUGGGCGGUCGAGACCAAGGACACGUGGGACUCAUUUCUCUCGGUCGCCGUCGCCAUAAACGAGAAGAAGACGCUCGAAGGCAAGCUCAGCGUCAAGCCCUCCAACGUCUCGAUCCAACAAGUCACGCAGCACAUGCUCGACAUGAAGGAGGUGUACGACGUCGUCGCCGGCCUCCCGGAUGUCGACAGUCUCUACGAGCUCUUCUUGAGCCUCGAGCGCGACUACAGCAACGGCGUCUUGGGCAACUUUGCGCACACUGUGCAUUUGCUGCAUCCCGUUAUGUACAGCAAGGGCCUCAAGGCCGGAACCCCGCUCGUUGACACUCUCACGCGCUGCCCUCACGUAUCGUGCGGCGCGGCGCUGCCCUUGCCCACGGUGUACCUCAUGCACAUCCGGAGCCAAGCCAUCAACUGUCCGUCGUGCGGCCGUGGCGUCCUCUACGAGACGUUCAACCUCGCCGCCUUUGUGAAGAACAACCCGUCUUUCACAGUCAACUGCACGCUGCGCAAUGCCGCCGUCGAGUACGUCGUGGCCGUGCCCGACGUGCCUGGCAACGGCACUUGGGCGACGUUCGUCGUGCAGCUGCAGCACAACAUUGCUGCUGGCGCCUCGGCGGCAAGCACGGCGGGCGUGGCGACGAUGCGGUCAACCAUCCAAGCGGCGGUCAAGGCGUACCGUCAGAACGUUCUCGGGCGCUUCCACCUCGACUUGGUCCAAGGCAUGUUCCGGCAACUCGAUUUUGUCAACAAAAUGUGCCCGCAUUUCGAGUACUGGACGCAUCCCGAUGUGAUCACUGCUUUAUGCACCUCAUGA